AAACCAGCAACAGUACAAGGAAGAAGCUAUCUCUCUCGUCUCAAAAAGCAAUGGAAGAUACUUCACCAGCAAAGGAAGUAACGUUGCAAGGAACUCCAGCUAAUUACUUCCCAAGGUCCUUCCAUGAAGUUGUAGGUGCCAUUCUCAGGUGUUUGGGACUUGAAACUGGAUUCCAACAAAACCCUAAUCCAUGUCCAAAAAAAGAAGAUGACAGUAAAGCCAAUCAUAAUCAACCUAUUUCUCCAAAGGAAAAUGCAGAUCCACCUUCAUCAACAGACAAUUCAGAUCCAUCAACCACCGUGAUCGACCCACCAGCUGAUCCUCCUCCUUCCCCCACUGGAGACACCAACGAUGGCAGCCUUCCCAUGGUUUCUCUCUUUACUCCUAAAAGGCCAGGGACAAGCGGCGGCAGUGGACCUCAGAUUAAUUAACUUGAGCUGUCAAGAUCGACGUUUUGUGGGCAAAAACAAGCUUUGGCAACCGCAACGAUAUUCAAGAGAGGUUUAUAUGGGGUCCUUGACUGUUGUUUUCAUCUUGUUCUUGGGUGUUUUUUUUUUUUUUUAAGGAGAAUGGGAAAUCGAGUGAGUUGUGAAUAAUUUGUAUAAAAUAUCAUAAACCCAUGUAUUUUAAGAGUAUAUUAAUUUCAGUAACGUUGCAGAAAAUGUGCCUAUGAAUUAGUGUUUGAGUUUAUAGUUUAGAUUUCAAUUCCACAGGGUGCUUUAGAGUUUA